AUGUCGUCCACCCCACCACCACCACCACCACACCCACGCACCGUCGUCGUCAUCGGCGGCACCGGCACAUUCGGCGGCGCCGUCGCGCGCUCCCUCCACGCCAACCCCUCAACCUUCCACGUCCGCGCCACAACACGCGACCCUCGCACCCCCAAAGCCACGCGCCUCGCCCGCCUCGGCAUCUCCGUCGUCCGCGCCGACUCGUGGAACGCCUCCGACCUCGCUGCCGCCUUCCGCGACGACACCUGGGCCGUCUUCCUCAACACCGACUCGGACGAUCCCGAUUUCAAGGCCCAGCGCGGGCCCCCCGAGUCCGCCAUGGGCCGCGUCGUGGUCGACGCCGCCGUCGCGGCCGGCGUGAAGCACUUCGUGUACGCCGGCUUGCCCGAGGCGUCGCGCGUGACGGGCGGCGCCGUGCCGAUCCUGUCGUUCGACGAGAAGGCGGCUAUCGCGGCGUAUGCGAGGAAAGCAGGGUUCGAGUCUGCCGUCACGGUCACGUCGGGGUGGGCGCUGGAGAUCUUCUGGAUGCGGGCGUACGCCGAGGCGUUUGGCGGGUUUGCGAUGGUGCGGGAUGCGGAGGGGUUCCUCACGCUGAACGUGCCGCCGAUGGGGAAUGAGCCCGAGGGCAGCGUGCCGUGGACGGCGGUCGAGGAUGACUACGGGGAUGCGGUGCAUGGCGUGUUGCUCGAUCCGCGAAGGUGGGAUGGGCGGACGGUGUGGGCGGUGUCGGAGUGUAGGAGCUUUGAGGAGGUGACGGAGGCGUAUAAUAGGGUGACGGGGACGAUGGAGGCGCGGUAUGUGGUUAAGGAGGGCGCGCUGGAGGCGGGGACGGAGGGGAAGACGAAAGAGGUUAAUGGAUUGUUUGAUUACUGUCAUUAUGUGAAGGGUGAGUAUUGUGACGGGAAGCCGCUGGAUCAGGAAUCCAUGAAAUUGUUGAAGCGUAUGGCGUCUGUAGCUCGAGGAUGCGAGAAGUCGGACUUGCAGACGGUGGAAGGCUUUAUGGCAAAGAAGAUUUCGAAGUGA